GCAAUUAAUUAAAAGAUUAUUCAGGUUUACUAUUAGUGCUUAAUUAUAACUUAUGAGUAAUAGUAGUAUACUUAUGGACGACACGCUUGCCAAAAGUAUAUAUUGCCAAACCGCAUAGAAAACUUAGAAGUGUUAUAACAAGAGAAUAGCAACCCAUUUUUAUUCACAAAUUAGUAUUUAUUUUUCAUUUCAUUCUAUUAUAUGGAUUUUGGUAAAAAAGAUGAGCAUAAGAAAGAAAAAAUAGGCACGAUGAAACAGACUGUUUCGAAUACAAGGGAUAUAUUCAUCAACACAGAGAGAAAUACCUUUCAGGAGCAUAAUUACGAUAAAAACGAUGAUAAUGAAAGAAACAGAGACGAAACAGAUUCCAAAUCCAACUUUACUCCAAGGUUUGCGGGAGUGCCAAAUCAAGAAAUAAUUUUGCAAGGACUGGCUCCCACAACAAAUGAGCAACAUGUUUCAGAAGUAAUGAGUGAGACUGGCGGAGAUAUUGACAGCAUCGUUCUAAUACGUGAUAAAGUUACUCGUGAAUCGAAGUGCUUUAGCUUUGUAAAAUUUGUAUCCUUAACUGCUUCGAAACAGUGGAUGGAGAAAUACUUUCCGUCAAUUCAUAUCGAUGAUAGAGACGUUAGUGUCCGCUACUCACGAGAAGCUCGAGAGGAGAUUGACGGAUGGAAAUGUGAAAAUUGUGAUUCAUUGAACUAUUCCUUUCGAGAUGCCUGCUUCAAGUGUAAAACUUUACGAUCUAAUGUCGAUAAUACAGAAAGAAAUGGAAGUAACGAUGUGGGCGAUAUACCUACUUUUUACCUCUUAUUAAGAAACUUGGAUCGUUGUUUAAAUGACCUUACGCUACUAAAAGGCAUAGCAAAACUAGAAUGCAAUGUCCAAAGGUUAUUCAUGAUUCGGCAAAAGAAAGAUGAUUCGUUUUGUGGUUAUGCCAUUAUUGAAUUGCCGAAUGUUGAUGAGGCUGCUAAAACUUUAACAAUGGCGCGAACCUUUUCAGGAAAGGCGUUCACAAUUGCUUCUCGAAAAGUGCUUGUUGAUUACAUUCACGAAGGCGUCUUUGUUCCAGCACAGGGACAAAUUGAUACUUGGAAGUUUCCUACCAAAGACGGGUAUCGUGCUUAUUGGGAUGAAAACUUAUACUGCUCUACGUUUGUCCCUGAUAACGUUGACCAAGAACAGUUCAAACCAAUUGCAAAGACUCAAAAACAAAAGAAAGAAAAGCGAUUAAGAACAAACUUAGUAGAGCCACCUACAAACAAAAAGAUUGCUCUUACUCUGGCACGUUGGCAAGGCGCCCAAAGGGAAUUAACAGAAGAUUUGCCCGAGCUUACUGAAGAAGAAGAGAAAUUUCUUCUACAGUAUAUUUGGAAAUCAUCUCUUAUCUGUGUCUUGUGCGAGAGAAAAUUUAAUAGCUGGGGCCAUGUACUGAAGCAUUUAACUCAAUCUUUUUUACAUCAAAAGAACUUAAAGAAUAGCUCCUUAGUUACUGCUGCUGAGGGGUUCAUGAAUCGCAUUCGAGAAAUCGAACGUCCUGAUUACAGAGACCGAGCAACAGAAAGAAGAGCCAUUCAUAUCACCGAUAAUACCGACUUUUCAAAAGAGCCCACUCCAUUGCCUGACCCAUACUCAAGGAAUCGAUCCCUAGGAAACACUUCCAGUGAAACACACUCCCAUGAAUCAUUUGAGCCUACAGCCUAUUUGCCAGGUGUUGGUUUAGGCACUAAAAAUGCUAAAGUAAAAAUAAACAUGACACCUGUUGAUCGAGUAAAAACCCGUGCUAGAUCAUUGUACUUUGAUAAACCUACAGAUUAA